AUGUCAUAUUCAACUAAUUCAAUAUCAACAACAACAACAAUUUCAUCGUACGGCUCAUCCCAACAAUCUUCGCGUAAUUUAGGAAAUUUUACACCUUUAUGGAGGAACUAUUUAAGUGAUGAAAAUAAAGAAGAGUCAGAAGAAAUAAAAACGUUGAAUUUAGGUGAUUUCGGUAGUUUAUGGAGUUACUUAAGCAUUGAAAAAGAAAAAUGGAGUAGUCCCUCUCUUCCUUCUAAAAAAAAAUUUGCUCAGGACUAUUCAAAAAUUGAAGUUGAUGUUAAAACUAAUCAACUAUUAACCAACCAUGAUGCACUCCAGCAACCAUUACCACUACUUAACAACUCUUCUUCGUCUGAAUAUUCUACUGAAGAAGAAAUUACUAAAAAUAAAAAUAAUGAAUUUGGAGAACAUAAAAUAAUAUUGCUACCACAAAUUAAUCAUCGUCCACAACAACAACAAUCUAUAAAGUCUUCAAAUAACGAGAAGGCAAAAAUUAAUUAG